AUGAAGAUCCUCACGACCAACUUCCUGACCUGCGCCGUCAAGGCAUGCAAGACCUCUCCGGCCUCUUUCCCACUCAACCCGCAAGGUGUUACACUCUCGUCCACGCCUGUCGAUUUCAGCCCGGAAUUUAUCCUCAAUAUCCUGCCCCGCGUUCACUACGAUGCGCUGGUGCUUAUCACGGAUAGUCUGAGUCUGGGCGCGCUGUUGCCAGCAAGGGAGGUUUUUGAGGGUUUGGUCGAGCGCUUGACGACGAGUGAUGAUACUGGUGAGGGAGAGUCAGGUGGGCAAGAGAACGAGGAAGAGAUACUGAAGAAGUUGCACAGGUUGUUGCUGGAGACGAAUAUCAUGGACGGGAAGCUGGUUUGUGGGAACUGUGGGUUCGAGUAUCCGGUCAAGGAGGGUGUUGGGAAUUUUCUGCUGCCGAGCCAUCUGGUGUGA